UACCAGUUCUCCCGCGCAGGAGGUCGUCAAAGGCUACACAUACCUCUCGAGUCUGACUGGACGGAGCAUUUUAUCAUCGACCUCCAGCUAGUAGCCUGUCGAUGACUCCUCGCGUUGUUCAUGAUCUGACACGUGUCGUUAUCACCUCGGCUGUACGUCCCUGUGAUGUUUUCUUCGCUGCCGCUUACUAAUGCUUGCCCGGCGGUAUCGUCUUAGACCGCCUAGCCAAUGAGAUGAGCGGGCCAACUGAUCAGCUAGUCAGAGGUUCGUUCGAAACGCGCCGAGCUUUCUUGCCCGACAGGCUGAUCUACGCACCCGGAAGCAUCUCCACGUGGCGAACCGGCGUUCGAGUACGAUUCGAACCGACACAGCAACGGAUAAGAUCGCAUCAGAUACGCCUGAGUGCGGAGAUCAAUCUGUCAUCGGGAGCUUGGUUCGAGCGAUCCGCAUCAUUAUUUCUGGCAGCCGGCGGCGGUUCAGAAGUCGACGUCGGACCCGUCGAUAUGAAUUCGCGUUUUGCCGUGCUGCUGGCAAGGAGAGGGAAAUGGACCGGUACCGUGACGGCCGCCGGCAAUGCCUCCCGUGACACGUGGCGGAACGUCACUGGACGAUCCACGCACUUGGGCCGACGUCAGGAUCGUUGGGUUCGCGAUAAGGUCGGCUGCAGUACUAGCGAAGGCCAGAGUGGGGCUUCCGAGCAUAGCAAGGUCGCUACUAGAAGUAGUACUAGCAGCAUGCUCACUACUAGUACCGAAGACCAGAGUAGCAACAGCAAGGUUGACAGCAGUAAUCACACUGCUACUACAACCACCCAUCAUGCCGAUACUACUCCCCAAGUGGGUACCAGUGGUAACCCGACCAGCCGUAACAUAGCCCCUGGCCUUCCAAGUGGUAACCCGCGCAGCCGCGACGUCGUCGUAACCCCGUUUCGCAGAGCCUCCCACGGCGCGUCCUCGUCGUCUCUCGCGCCGCCUGUCCCCUCGAUCGUUUCAGCUCCCCGCCCUUCCGCACCUUCCGCACCUUCCGCGCCUUCCGUCCCUCUCAUAUCGUUGCCACGUGGGGUCUCUCCAGGACUCUCCGUGCCACGUCACCCGGCCUCCCACAGUCCCGGUCAACGGGGUUUUGCGGGUCGGGCGGCUGCUGCCGUUUCAGAGGAGGAAAGGACGGAGGAGGGAAGGAAGGAUUUGCAAGGGGAGAUGGAACCUGAGAGGAAAGCGGCUGAAAUGGGGAGUGGAGCGGAGAAGGACGGCGAGAGGAUUACUACUGGAAGGGAGGAGCCUGGUCAACGAAGGGGAUUGUUUGCAGCGGGUCAUGAGAGCGGCAAAACAACGGGGGUGCUUAUAGCGGGCUUGAAGAGGUCUCAAAGGGGAGUGUGGAGUCGCGCGGCUGCAGCUGCUUCAGAGGUAGAAAGGCGGGAGGAGGGAAGGAAGGAUCUGCAAAGGGAAUUGCAAGGGGAGACGGGUCAGAGUGGUAAAACGAGGGGAGUGCUUAUAGCGGGUAUGAAGAGUCCUCAAAGGGGAGUCUGGCGUCGGGCGGCUGCAGCUCCUUCUGACGUGGAACGGAAGGAGGAGAGAAGGGAGACGGAGGCGCAAGGGGUGGGGGAAGAUGAGUGGAAAGCGCUUGGGAAGGAAGGGGCUGAGAGGGGAAGACGGGAGAGGGAGGGGGCCGGAUGGGAGGCUGGAAGAAAGGAGGAUGGUAGACGAAAGGGAGGGAUGCAAGGGCUGGUCGCUCACAGAGUCCGAGGGAACAUAGUCAUCCCGCCAGACCGCUGGGAGUAUGUGCAGCAACAGCUGGCCAUCAUCCGCAGCAGAAUACCGCCACCAGCGUACAAAUCGCCUGCAUCGAAAUCGCAAUCACCAUCAACAUCACCACCAGCAUCACCACCAGCAUCGUUGACAUCACGUGAGACGACUGUUAAAGCCCCUGCAGGCUCGCUCGAGACGCCGAGUGAGAGGAAGGGGGAGCCUCGGUUAGGGUCAGACGUAGGAGGAGGGAGGACACAAGGAUUGGGAGAGGGGAGAGGGGAUGUGAUGAGAGAGAGAGCAAAGGAGUGCAGAGCAGAGGAUGGACGAGCGUCAGAGGCAGGGGAGAAGCGGCAAGGGGGAGAUUCUGACUCCAAAAUAGGGCUGAUUUGGACAGAGCAACCGAAACUCAUUUUACCACAGGCGGAUACAGCAAAACUGACAAUUGGCAAGGAAGAUACAUCGAAUCUGGACAAGGGGGGCGAGGAGCAGCGCACAGAGGAGUGGUUUGCGAUGAGAGCGGGGCGGCUGACAGCGAGCGCGUUUGAGAAGGCAGUGGGGUUUUACCCCAAGGGGCGGCAGCAGCUGUGGGAGGAGAAGGUGGGCGUGAGAGCGCCGUUCGCAGGGAACGAGGCCACGCAGUGGGGGCAGGGGAAGGAGGAGGAGGCUUUGCUUGAGUAUGCACGUCUUACUGGAGGGGAGGUGGAGCACCGAGCGUUUCAGAUCUACAAGCACCACGACCCAACCUUCUCUUGGCUCGGUGCUUCCCCGGACGGCCUCCUCCCCUCCGACCCUCUCUCCCUGCACUCCUCCCCCCUCUCCCCUGGCGUCCUUGAAAUCAAGUGCCCCUGGAACCGCGGGUCACCGCUCUCGGCCUCUCCAUACCCCUCCGUACCGUUCUACUACAUGCCCCAGAUCCAGGGCCUGCUAGAAAUAUUUGACCGCGAUUGGCUGGAUUUCUUCGUGUGGACGAAAAUGGGCGGCAGUGCACUGUUUAGGGUGGAAAGGGACAAGGAGUACUGGAGGUUACUGUUCACUGCGCUUGAGGAAUUUUGGUGGCAGCAUGUGGUGCCGGCAAAGGAGGCGCUGGGGGAAGGGCGGGGGGAGGAGGAGGUGAGGGGGAGGUUUUAUCCAGGGCAGGCGCAUGACCUGAUGAGGGAGAUACGUUUGAGGAGUGAGCGGAUUUCAAACGGGUGCAGAAUGGUGCUGAAGGGUGAUGCGAGAAAGUAAGGAUUUGUUGAUUUACUUGGCCAUGCUAUGGUCACCACCAGCAACCUGCAGUAACAUUUGAGGAGGUUGUUAUGAGUGCAGGACUGAAUUAAAGAAGCGAAUGAAUUACUGCAAACUUAGAGGCGAAAGAGAUGGGCUCAAAAGGAGCGCCCAAUCUAGGCCUAAAUUUUUGAGAUUUUGGAUGGGUCCAUGUUAUAAAAGGACAUUGGUAAG